UAUCUCAUUAGGAAGUAACUACUCAAAAUAAGUUUUAAUAUUUGUUAUUAAUGUUUCUGAGUAUAUGAAUAUUUUUGUAAUACUACAAGAACUAACUGCUAUUAGGAAAAUAUUUUAAAAGAUAAAGUCAUAAACAUGGCCGAUGAAGAGGUUAAUGGUGAUACUGAUGAUAUACAACUAGAAAAAGACAAAACUCAAAAAAAGGCUGCAAAACACGAUAGUGGUGUAGCUGAUUUAGAAAAAGUAACUGACUAUGCCGAGGAGAAAGAAAUAUCAUCCCAAGACAUAUCUGGUGCUCUUUCAUUAAUUGGUGAUCGUAGAAAUAAAGAAGCAGCCGAAAGGCUUGAAAAAGAAAAGGAGCUUCAAAAAGUUUCAGUUAAAAAGGAUGACAUUGAAUUAAUAGUAAAGGAAAUGGAAAUCUCUCGGACACUAGCAGAAAGAACUCUUAGAGAACAUAGAGGUGACUUGGUGGCGGCCCUUACAACCCUAACAAAUUAAUGACAGACAGUGUUUGUGUUAUACAUGUGUAAUAGAGUAUUUUUAAUCUCUAAA